GUCAUGAGAACGAUGGAUGUUACAAUAUGCGCGACAAACGAAAUGUAGAGAGCAAACGCCUAUACAAACCAAGAGCGCGGACAGGCUGUAUCACAUGUAGGAUCAGACGUGUGAAGUGCGACGAAGCGCAACCAAGCUGCCAGAAGUGCUUGUCGACAGGUCGCAAGUGCGAUGGAUAUGUCGCCUCUCAACCAUCAUCUCCGAAUCACAAUCGAGAGUUGAGUCUGAACGUUUACAAAUCUGGAGAAGAAUCCAGUGCGAUCGAUUUCUUCCUCCGAGUCUCUAUCCCACAGUUUGCGGGAAACUCUCCGUCUGAGUUCUGGAAUCGCCAUGUUUUGCAAUUAGCCCAACAAGACGUUGGCAUGCGACACUCUCUGGUCGCUCUUUCUCAUCUUCACCGAGAUUUUACGAAUUCUCAAAACCAAUUACAGCAUAAUCAGCCAGCUUUGUAUCAUUACGAUGCAGCAAUCCGCAAUCACAUCAAGUCGCUUUCAGGAGAAACACAGGACACAUUGCAGUCUAGCUCUGCAAUGUCGACUGCAAUUGUUUUCAUAUGCAUCGAAAUCAUGCAAGGUCAUCUUGCAUCUGCCGUCUCACUUCUACAGCGCUCUGUCGCCAUGUUACCGAGUUCCACGAACCAGUACGUCCCGCUAUAUGAAGACCUCAUAUCUCGUCUUCGGAUUCAUGCUCAGCGUAUUGUCAUGUUGAUGAAAGCCGAAGC